AUGGGUCCCGAAGAGGAGCUCUCCAUACGUCGAGCCGUCCAAGAGGCCUCUGCAUCCUGGGCAUCUGAGCUGCAGGAAGUCCUGAAGCAGGCCGUUGGCGAUGCCUUGCGCGAAGCUUUGCCGACGGAGCUGCGCAAGGCCCUGUCGCCAGAGCUGGCCACGCUGAGGGAGGGGUUGCGGACCCAGAUCUCUUCUUCGGGUUCGCCUCCCUCGCCUUCAGGCACACAGAAAAUGGGGUCCGGGUCCAAACUCAAGGCAGUCAGCAUGGAAAAUGUCCAGAGCAUCACAAGCUUGCGUCGCCGCAGCUCCAUGCUUCAUUCCGCCAAGCUCGUCCUCGCCAUGCAGCCGAAGGGACAAGGGAUGCCGAAGGUACGGACAGGAUCCUUGUCGAAUGUCGACAGCCUAGACGUGGAGCAGACUCGGUCCAUACCGGUGCGACAUUCAAAGACAGAAUCGAUCACGAGGGCCAAGUUGGAGAGUAUUCUUGGGGGACGUUUGAAGUCGACUGAAGACACGACAGCAGAGCCAUUGCCGGCCCCCCACUCCCACUCUCCAAGUCCUGUGCCCAUGGAGCCCACUCUCCAAGAAGCACCUAUUCUGGAGCAAGUCAGCGAAGAAUACGUGCGGAUCGAGCAUCGAAGCGGAAGCGGACUUGAUAUGAGCGAAAGGUCCCGAGAGGACGAAGAGGAGGAGGAGGAGGAGAGCGUAGACAGCUUGGCGAUGGCACCAGGCCAACCUGGGACACUGCGGAAGCAGAGUAUGUCGAUCCUUCCAGAUUUUCAGGACACGCCUCGGUUGCAGGAGCAUGGCACGCCACGGAAAAACUGGAGGCAGACUCUCCGAAAUCUCAUCCUCCCCUUCAAGGCGCGUGCCCCGGAUCCGCCUCCUCGCGAGGCUAGCAAAGUGAGGGGGCUUCUCCUGAAGAAGCAGGAUGUGGAGAUGAAGGGAAGGCCCGGACGACGUGUUGAAGUCGUCCUCAAGGAGGCGGAUGUCGUACAAGUCCGGCACAAACGGUUCCCAUUCUCUCAGUGGUCCUGGCCCUUCGCGGAUCCGGGGGGUCGGCCGAGACAGUACUGGGAAAUCUUCGCCUGCACGUUGCUCUUGUUGCAGCUUCUGUACCUGUGCUUCCAGGCAGGCUUCAUUACCACUGAAGACUACCGAGCCGAAGGGUACUGGGAGCUGAAGUUGGCCUUGCUUGCUGUGGACAUCUUUUGGGUCAUCGAUCUGGGGAUCAACUUUACCACCGGCUACCGAGAUGUCACGCAUGUGCUCCACAGCAGUGCCCGCUCCAACGUAAGGCGCUACCUCCGGGCUGGCUUCGUCUUGGACCUGCUAGCCACCCUGCCCUCGCUUUGCCAACAUGUGCUCCUGGUCAUCGACCCGCAUACUUACGGCUUCUGGCCGCUCAGGAUGAUGGGCUUAUCUCCUCUGCUGCGCAGCUUCCGUGUCCGGGGGGCCUAUGCCUUACUCAAGCGGCUGGAAGCCAACAUGAAGUCCUCGGUGGUGUCUUCUGCAUGGUGGCUCUUCCAGCUAUUCAUGCUUCCGCUCGUCUUCUCGCACCUCUCUGCUUGUGCCUUAUGGUCCCUGGGCCACAGCAAUUUGGAAGCCGAUGCGGAGACUUCUUCCUGGAUCAAACUGGGCCUGGACAUCUCCAAUGAACCCGGGGCGCUGCAAGCCGUUCCUUUAGGGAAGCGCUACAACACGGCCAUGUACUUUGCGAUCACGGUGAUGUCUACUGUCGGGUUGGGAGACAUCAACAUGAGCCUCUCCAACGAGAGAGCCCUGCUGUGCGUCGUCAUGGCUACCACCAGCUUGGUCGUAGGUGUCGCAGUGAAUGGAGUCGCGACGAUCGUGUCCAAGCUCAGCGAAAGAACAGCAGCGAACAUGGAACAGCUGGCACAGGUCUCGAAGUUCUUGAAGGUCUACAGAGUUCCCAGGGAGCUGCAGUCACGGGUUCAUGAUUACUUACUGCAAGUCUUUGAGAAUCGAGAGCGCGAAGAGACCAAGUCCAUGCUUAUGGGUUGGCUGAAGAAGUCGGAAGUCCUUCGGACGAAAGUGAACUUGGCUUUAACAGGAACUUGCCUGGUCCAGCACCGCUGGCUGAAGCUGCUUCCUCCUGAAGUCCUGGCAAACGUUUGUGACCUCUGUGACACAGAGUUUCACCCUCCUCAGCAAGAGCUCAUUGCCGAAGGUGCUAUGGUGAAGAGCUGUUUUUACAUCCGAAGUGGCUUGGUGCAAACCCGCAACCGAGUGGGGGGGCAGGCCUGGGCAGCCACAUCCACCGAUGAUACCGAGGAGAGCGAUGAGAUCCAGAAGGAGAUCGAGGCGGCUGACGCAACAAGUCCGGAUGCGAGGCUGCAGGGUGGGGCAUUUAUUGGAGAGUUUCGGCUCUUCUUGGGGGCCAGCCGAAGCUUCAAGACGGUAACCUGCAUCUCCUUUUGCGAGCUCAUCUCCAUCGACGUGUCAAAGUUCGAGUCCUUGAUGAGCGAAGCGAUGCCCGAGCUCUUUGACAUACUUGUGAUCUAUGAGGCAAUCGACCAAGAUUGUCCCAAGGCCAUGCUCCACUGCCUGGACCAGAACGGCAUUUCUCCGGAGAUGCCGCUGCUCUUCGGUGAGGGUGUCCUUCACCACUGCGCAAAGGUGAACGCCGCGGCUUGCGUGGAGCAUCUCAUGGAGGACCUUAGCCAAGACGCAGCCGACGCAGCCCAGGUCCGGGAUCAAGAUGGCAGGACGGCAGCACAGCUGGCUGCAGCCCUGAAGCACAAGAAGGCCUUUUGGGCACUGAUCCAGGGCAGUGGGAGCACCAGUGUCACAGAUGUCGAUGUGCUACCCAGAGAGGCACGAACCGCCCGUGCCAAGAACAGCCAAGCAAUUGCGCUGGCGCCCUCGGCAUGGACGGAUCGAGACGAGGAGCCUUACACGAUGGCAAGGGUCCAAGAGCUCUUUGCUGCCUGCAACCGCAAUGGCCUCGCUGCUUCUACCGGAGAGAGCUCCAAGGAUAUGGAGGACUUGGUGGAAGAGCUGAACACCUGCCAGAGUGAUCUUCUGGUCAUGAAUGUCCGGGGAGGGAUGCUGCGGCGGGUGAGGUUAGUGAGGCUUCGCUUGCUGGCCGUCAUCGACGACAACGUACGUGCAUUGGUGGAGCUCAAUUCAGACGCUUGGCUGAAGGCACGGGAUCAAAAGUUAGGGAAGCUCCCAUACCGACACAUGCGCAAGCGCGAGACGGAGGAGGAAGCUACGAAGAAGCUGAUGCAAGAGCUGGGCAUCUCGAUGUAUUUAUUCGAAGAGGAGCUCAUAGUGCCGAUCGCGAAAGCAUGCUAUGCCGAGACUAGGACGUCCAUGUCGUAUCCAGGCUUGGAGACUGAAUAUAUUGUCUACGAGUCGACGUGGAAGGUCCGAGCACAGGCCUUACACCGGACAGAGGAGAUCGGUCUGCCGCACGGCCGCCCCUUCCAGAAGGAGUUCUGCACGGAUGCCUUCCGCGUGGUCACCAGGCAGCUCUUCUGGCCAGUAAUGGUCAACUUCGCUCUCCACGAAAAGCAUGACGACAGGCAGGGUGGAGAGAACAGCUGGGCAGUGAAGGGGCUCUUUGGAAAACAUGCGCUGGGAGCAGCUUCUUCACCAAUCAUGUAG